GCUGUUGCUGCUGGUGUUGGUGGUGCAGCACUAGGAUCUCCAAACGUUACGUUCUUCCCGCCUUUAAGGGUUAGCAAACUUCCUUCCCCACAUUCCUUAAAGAGCCUGCCCCCUGCCCUGCCCGUCCCUGUUCUCAAGUGGUGGUUUUCUGAGUUCCUAAGCCUCCCUUUCGAAAGUGAAGAUGCCUGCAAAGACUGGAGGAGGAGGCUUCGGGAGAGAAGCUACUCAGCAGAUCCUGGCCGGAGGUUCAGCGGGUCUUAUGGAAAUCUGCCUGAUGCAUCCUCUAGAUGUGGUGAAAACCAGGUUCCAGAUUCAGAGAGGGACAACUGAUUCAAACCACUAUAAGAGCUUGGGAGAUAGUUUUCUCAAAAUUUACCAUACAGAAAGGUUGUUUGGGUUUUACAAAGGAAUUCUCCCACCCAUCUUGGUUGAAACACCAAAAAGAGCAGUGAAGUUUUUUGCCUUUGAACAGUAUAAGAAAUUACUUGGAUAUGUGUCAUUGUCGCCAGGAUUGGCAUUUGCUGUUGCAGGAUUGGGAUCUGGAAUAACAGAAGCUAUUAUAGUUAAUCCUUUUGAGGUUGUAAAAGUUGGUUUGCAGGCCAAUCGGGAUAUAUAUGCACAGCAACCAUCCACUCUGAGUUAUGCAAGAGACAUCAUUAAAACAAAAGGUCUGGGGCUCCAGGGGCUCAACAAAGGACUCACAGCAACUUUAGGACGACACGGCAUUUUCAACAUGGUUUAUUUCGGAUUCUACUUCAAUGUUAAGAACAUAAUUCCUGUCAAUAAGGAUCCAAUCUUGGAGUUUUGGAGAAAAUUUGGGAUCGGUCUUCUCUCUGGCAUAACAGCUUCAGUCAUUAACAUUCCUUUUGAUGUUGCCAAAAGUAGGAUUCAAGGGCCACAACCAGUUCCUGGAGAGAUCAAGUAUAUAACCUGUUUUAAAACAAUGGCAACGAUCUAUCAGGAAGAAGGGUUUUUUGCUUUGUACAAAGGCUUGCUUCCCAAGAUUAUUAGACUUGGACCAGGUGGUGCAGUGAUGCUUUUGGCUUAUGAAUAUGUGUAUCAUUGGCUUCAGGAAAACUGGUGAUUCAAGGAUUUCCUAUGAAACUUUUUUUUUCUUUGAGAUAAUGGACAUCUACUCUAUAACAGUGAUCAUAGCAGAAUCUAAUAUUAGUGUUGACAGGCAUAUAAAUUAUAAAGGAGAAAACAACUUUCCUCAAGAACAAAUACAUUUAGAAAUUAUUUAAAUAUGUAUCUGGAUAUAUUUUAAACUGUAAUUGCAAUCAUAUCAUGUGGACCAUGGAGAUAGAAGUAAUCUAGAACAAAUAUGUAAUCAGAAUGGGAGAAUACUCAUGUAGACACCAUAUUCAUAGGAACUUGAAUGAAUCCUAUAACAUUUUGGUGCCACGAUUCGUAUUUCAUCUUCACCAUACCAAUAAUUACUUCAUCACACAAAGUCAAAGAAAAAUAUGUACAAGAAAAUUAAACAAUUUUGUUGCCAUUAACUGUGCUUAAGUGCUUAUAUGAAA